AUGGGGGGGGUGGGCUCAGACCGGGCGCGUCCAAAGUGGGCGCGGUCAGUGGGCGUGGCCAGGGUGGGCGUGUCCGCCCCGCCCCCGAGGCGGGCGCGGGCGAUGGCGCUGGCGGCGGCGCUGGGGGCGCUGGGGCGGCUGCUCCGGCCGCACCUCUGGGCCGACCUGGCGUUCGCGCUGCGGGCGCUGCGGCCGCUGGGGCGGGCGGCGCGGAGCGUGGCGCGGGUGGCGAACGCGCUGCGGGCGCUGCGGGCCCCGCCGCGGCCCGGGGACACCGUGGGGCUCCUGGUGGGCAACGAGCCCCGAUUCGUGUGGGGCUGGUUCGGGCUGGCGGCGCUCGGAGCCCGCCCGGCCUUCCUGGGCACGGCGCUGCGCCCCGCGGGGCUCCGGCACUGCCUGAGAGGCUGCGGGGCGAGGGCGCUGCUGGUGGCGGACGACCUGUUCGGCUCGGUGGAGCCGCUCCUGCCCAGCCUGCGGGAGGACGGGGUCGCCGUGUGGGUGCUGGGAGCGGGGCCGUACCCGGAGGGCGUCGUGGCGCUGCAGGAGCUGCUGGACGCGGCCUCCGAGGAGCUGCAGCCCGAGGAGGUUUGGGAGCCCGAGGACAUGAACGACACCUGCCUCUACAUCUUCACCUCGGGCACCACCGGCCUCCCCAAAGCCGCCCGCGUGUCCCACCUCAAGGCCGUCAUGUGCCUGAGCUUCUACGAGCUGGUGGGAGCCUCCAGCAAGGACGUGGUGUACCUGGCGCUGCCCCUCUACCACAUGGCCGGGUCCCUGCUGGGCAUCGUGGGCUGCCUGGGCAUCGGAGCCACGUGUGUGCUGAAGGAGAAGUUCUCGGCCAGCCACUUUUGGGAGGAUUGCCGCGCCGAGGGCGUCACGGUGUUCCAGUACAUCGGGGAGCUCUGCCGGUACCUGGUGAACCAGCCCCAGCGGCCCGGGGAGCGGCAGCACGGGCUCCGGCUGGCCGUGGGCAGCGGGCUCCGGCCCGACGUGUGGCGGAGCUUCCAGCGGCGCUUCGGGCCCGUGCGGAUCGUGGAGACCUACGGGAUGAGCGAGGGCAACGUGACCCUGUUCAACUACACCGGCACCCCCGGCGCCGUGGGCCGAUGCAGCUUCAUCUACAAGCUCUUCUCCCCGUUCGAGGUCGUUCGCUACGACGUCGCUGCCGGAGCUCCAGAGCGGGACCGGAACGGGCGCUGCAUCCGCGCCAGGACGGGUGAGACGGGGCUCCUGAUCGCGCCGGUGACCCCCAGGACGCCGUUCCUGGGCUACGCGGGCAGCCGGGAGCUCUCGGAGCAGAAAUUGCUCCGCGGGGUUUUCGCCGAGGGCGACGAAUUCUUCAACACCGGGGACCUGGUGGAGCAGGACCGGGAGCAGUUCGUGCGCUUCAGGGACCGCACCGGGGACACCUUCAGGUGGAAAGGUGAGAACGUGGCCACCACCGAGGUGACCGAGGCACUGCUGGCCCACGAGUCCCUGCAGGACGCCACCGUCUACGGGGUCACCGUGCCAGGACACGAGGGCCGGGCCGGGAUGGCCGCUCUCGUUCUCCGCCCCGGGCGCUCCCUGGAUGGCCCCGGGCUCUACCGGCACCUGGAGCAGCUCCUGCCGCCCUACGCACGGCCCCGAUUCCUGCGGCUGCGGGAGGGGCUGGACAUGACCGAGACCUUCAAGCAGCAGAAGGUGCGGCUGGCGCGGGACGGCUGCGACCCCGCGCGGGUGCCGGAGCCGCUGUUCGUGCUGGACGAGGCCGCCCGAGCCUUCGUCCCGCUGGACCCCGAGCGCUGGCAGCGCCUCCAGGACGGCCGGAUCCGGAUCUGA